AUGAACCCUGAAAAACGACAUCUGUCUACGGCAUAUCCCGUGGAUAUGAUGAAAAGGAGAAGAAAAUCAAAUGAGAAUCAAUCUUAUUCAAGUGAGUCGUUGAAAAUUAAUAGCAAAAUCGAGUCGACACUAAGAAAGAGUGAAAAUGAUGCUGUGAAAGGUCCAUUGGACCCGGUAUUUGGUCAACAUCGAGCAUUCCCAAUCAGUAUUAAUACGGAAACGAUUGAUUUGGAUAAAUCUCCGUCGAAUGUGAUGGAAUACUUGGCUCAAGUUCGACUUGAGGCCGAGAAAGAUGGGAUCAAAGAGGAUGACGGCUUCUACUAUAAACCAGUUGACCUUAAAGACGUUGUCAAUGCUCCUGAGAAUCCCCUGGAAGGUCUUCUUUCCGCCUACAAGCAAAAAAGAACAAGCUAUGAACAAUACAGAUCUCAUCUAACAGAGAUUAAUGCCAUAAGUCUUCCUGAUACGCAUAAAGAAUGGAAGUACUUUAUCUUCAAUAACAAACCAACGUUUGAUUUUGUUGCUCAAAUAGUGGAAGAGAAUGAAGACAUUAAGCUUGUUGUAUACUUUACGAAAUGGCUCAAUACGGACGUGGAUGCGAACUUUGAAGAAUGGCUUUUCAUGGUUCUAGAGGCUCUGGACCAGUUUCAAAGUGCUUCAAACAUCUCCGUGUUGAGAGGACUCUGUAAAAAGGCCAAGAAACAACUGGCCAACCAGUUGGAUGCUCGAAAUAGUCUCAUCAUGAACCGAAUACUCACCAUUGUCGGUUGCUUCUACGGCCAGAGAGAUCUAAUAGAAAAAAAAAUCUUUACUAAAUAG